AUGUGGAAAAAUGGAAAUAUUACCACCUUGGCACGAAAAAGGAUAAACUUAAAAUCUGGAAGCAUUCCAACUAUUUUUGAGGAUGAGAAGCACGGCGUUGCAGGAAAAUCCGAUUUUGACCAAAAUCAAGAUGACCAGAGCGUUCAAGGAAAUUCCGAUUUUGACCUAAAUCAAGAUGACCAGAGCGUUCCAGGAAAUUCCGAUUUUGACCCAAAUCUAGAGAAAACGUCAUCUAAUUUACUUCAGGAUGAGGAACACAGCAAUUUUGAAGAAAUAAGAUUGCUUCAAUCUGCGAAAACUCUCAUAUCCCAAAAAAGAAAAGCUGCCCAGAAUGGUCUCCAACUUCAAGCUAAGAAAAUGCUAAAAUUUUCCAACAACAAAUUUCUGCCUGCAGCAGUUGGUGAUUCAGUGAAGAUACCUAUUCCUGACGUUAAUCGUGGUCGAACUGAUCCUAAAAACCUAAUUGUCACUUUUCUAUCAGUACACAAUGAAACCUAUGCAUUGGGAACCAGAGAAGGACGCCUUAAUCAACAUUAUACCAGGAAUCAAUUUACCCUCUGCAGACAAAAAUUUUUGUUGCCUACCGAGGUUCCAGAAACAAAAAAAUCUUUACGGGAAAUUGUUAAUGCACAAUCCCUAACUGGCGGACAGGGCUAUAAGAGAUGCUUCUGUAAAGGACAUUGUGAUACUCGACGGUGCAGCUGCAAAGCUGAAAAUAUCCAAUGGAAUUCAAAGUGUUAUAGUUCUGGUCCUUGUAAAAAUAAAUAG